UUUUAAGCCCAAUCAUAAAAAGAACAUCUGAAAUCGGCCUAAAAGAGAAAGAGCAUUUAAGGUUUUUUUCAUAACAAAACAAAAAGAAUGCUUUUUGGUCUUCACUGAUCAGGAUUCAGGUAUUAUUUUUUAAUAAUUAAUAAUAUUAUUAUUUGAAACCUCCGCGGACUGGGUGUCCCAUGGCGGAAUAUGUGCACUCAAUAUUAUAGUUUCAACUUGGUAAGAAAACCCAGUAAUGGUCCUUCUUCAGAGACCACAUAUUUUGCUCCUCCUUAUAGGCACUCAUCAAUUCUUGCAAUGCUGGAUUGCUUUUGGAUCGGUCAAUGAAGAAGGCCAACAACAAGAAGAAUUCAGUGAAGAACUUCUAGUGAAGCCUUUGCCGGAUCACAAACUGUUGGCUCAUUUCCAUUUUCAAAGCUCCGCCCCUCCUUCUACCUCUAAUGGCUGCCACCACCACUUAUUUCCCAAAGCCAUUUCUCAGUUGGUUCAGAAAUUUCGAGUCAAGGAAAUGGAAUUGUCUUUCACACAAGGUCGUUGGAACUAUGAAAGCUGGGGUGGAUUUGAUCCCAUAUCAAGCAGCAAUGCAAAGGCCCCUGGAGUUGAGUUAUGGGCCGUUUUUGAUGUCCCACAACAUCAUAUUGAUGCUUCCUGGAAGAACUUAACACAUCUCUCAGGUCUUUUCUGUGCCUCAAUCAACUUCUUAGAGUCUACUGCUACUUAUUCUACUCCAGAAUGGAGUUUUCCACCAGCUUCAGGCAAUGUGAGGUAUGGUACAUUGCCCUGUGAAGCUGUUUGCACGGAGAAUCUGACUCCAUGGUUGAAGUUGCUUCCUUGUCGGGACAAAGCUGGGAUUGCCUUGUUACUGGAUAGGCCAUCACUUUACGGAGGUUUUUAUCAUUCUCAGCGGUUGCAUUUAACCUCAACUGAAUCUAGUUCAGAGGGGAUUGAUUCGGGCAUCAUAUUAGAACAGACCCUUACAGUUGUUCUCCAGCCUAAUAGUGAAAGGGCCAUCGAGGUCCAUGCUAGUGAAAAACAUGUUCAGCCAAGCUGGUCUCUUAGUUCAAUUUUUGGGAAACAAGUUAGUGGAAGAUGUGUUCUUGCAAAGUCCAGCAGUGUGUAUCUUCUCCUUGACAGGGGCUUAGUUGCCGAACUGAAGUUUCCAAAUAAAGAAAAUGGGAAGUCUGCAGCAAAUGGUUUGACCUCUGAGAACUUUUGGUCUAAUCCGAGCUUUGAGCUGUCUGUUAACCCAGACAGGAUAUUUUUAGAAGAAAGCAGUUCGCAUAGCAAGAGCUUAUCAAUUCUGUAUAUGUUUCAAGUUGAGAAAUACAGUGAAUCUGAACCAUUUGAUAUUGGUCUUAUGUGGAAGGUUCCUGUAGCUUGGUUGUGUCAACAAACACCAUUACAUGCUAGUAGGUUUUUGAUGGGAAGCGGAAAUGAGAGGGGUGCGAUUGCUAUUUCAUUAAAAUCUACACAAUUCACUGAGGGCUUCAUGAGUGCUAAUUCCAAGGAUGGAAGUUGUGAACUGCGAGUUGAUGUUUUCCAAGUUGUCCCUUGGUAUGUUAAGGUCUAUUUCCAUUCUUUGCGGGUGUUUGUUGAUCAACAACCUAGGGCUGUUUCAGAUUUUAUUGAGAAGAUACACGUUUCACCUUCCAAAGAUAAAAUGUCUCCUGGUGUGAUGGAGGUGGUUCUGAAACUUCCUUGCAGAGUGAACACUGCUGCUUUAACCAUAGAGUUUGAUAAGGGUUUUUUGCGCAUUGAUGAAUAUCCCCCAGAUGCUAAUCAAGGAUUUGACAUACCAUCUGCUAUUAUUAGCUUUCCCAACUUCCAUGCAAGCAUGGUUUUUCUCGAAGAUGACUCUUUGAACAGGUCACCACUGUUGUCAAAGUUUCAGGAAAAAUGUCCUGUAAUGUCUUACACAGAAGUCUUACUUGUACCUUUGACAACUCCUGAUUUUAGCAUGCCUUACAAUGUCAUCACAAUCACAUGCACGGUGUUUGCACUAUACUUUGGAUCAUUGCUCAAUGUGCUGCAAAGGCGUGUUGCUGAGGAGGAGAGAUUUCUUAAAGCCAAGGCUGCCAAGAAAACUGGCCGGCUACCUCUGCUGCUAUCGAAGUUGUCUGCCAAGCUUAGAGGUAGACGACGGGAACCUCUUCAUUCACCUCCUUCUUCAUCAUCUUUCAUAAAUUCUAAAUUAGUAUUAAAAGUCAUACUAGUAGCUGGACUUGCUGUAGGUUGGCAAUACUUUUUCUCUUAAAAGUAAAAAAUAUGGAACUUUUCAGCAUAGAAUAUGAAAGCAAAAUGAAAGAAUACUAGAGCUCCGAGUUAGUGAAAA